AUGGCAUCCUCGAAGCGCAAGUCUGACGACGGCGAUUCCGACUGGGAAGGUGCACCCGGCGCGAAGCAACUCAAAACCACACCCGAAUCAGGGACCGCUGAACUCCAGAAAGAUCUCGGUAACUAUGGAAGCGCAUCUUCUCAACGCCCGACACGAGUGAGGAAACCUCCGGAAAGAUACAUCAACGCACCGCCUCAGCCGCCUGUCUCUAAGAGAAGGAAAGCGACCUUGACCAAGGCCAACUCAUCCGCCCAGAAAGCUUCAACUACAACAAGGGGUGCUUCUCAUCAGAUUCAGACUGAAGCUUCGGUAUCUUUGGAGACAGUUGCGAAUGCAAUCGACACCUUGUCGCAACCACCGGAGAGAGAGUCCAAGAUAGUCCGUCUCAAAGUCCCAGUCACCACGUCCAUACGCCGGCCAGGCCAACAACACGAAGAUGCUAGCUCCAGUAGUGAGCUUUCAUCCCCUCCAGGGUCUCUGCCAUCAACUCCAGUUUGUAAACCCUUGGACUUUUCGGUCAUCAAGCUAAUUAGCAAGCAGAUCUCUGCCUACAGGAACACACAGGGCUCUUUUCCGCUGGACGGACAAGGUCAGUGUGCUCAGCGUAUACUGGAACCCGUACCGGCAUCGAGCCAGGAUUUCGCAACUCCAGCUGCCUCUCAAGAAACCCUCCCAAGCCAGACCCCCAUAUCGUCAUGGGAACCGAAUACGCCGGAGGACAGUAUGCGCAACGUCCCAGACUUCGUCAAUCACGCGCAAACACCGCCAUCAAUGCUUUCGAAGGAGGCCGAUAGUCGCUUCGCAUACCUUACGCCCGAAUCAGCUAUCCACUAUGAUCCGAGUGUCGUACAUGACAAGUCAAACGUUGAGCUUGACAACGGCCAGGUGCCUGAACAAGACUCAUAUCUAGCCCAGCCCAUACUGCCUUUGGGUUCGACCUGCGGAAGGUGUGGCGCAGCUGGGCACGAAGAGCAUGACUGUUCCGUGGCUCUUUCUGUCCCCGACAAUCGAGAUCGCAGCGGGCAGGUCGAGGCUUGGCUUCGAGCUGGCGAUCCCGCCGACCAGACAAAGGCGCCCUGUGCUGACCAUGUUGCGCCGGUACCCAGUCUGUAUGCGGAAUCGGAAGCAACAACAGAUUGCGAUGGAUUUGUGGGCUCUCCCGUCGGCGAACUAUUCGACGUACCCGACAACAAACACCUCUCUGAUAUUACCGAGCGACUCAUUGCCCAGCAGAACAGAGGUCUGAACAAGCCAGAGCCGCACGGACAACCAGAAGUUUGGGCAGAUGGACGGCAAGAGAUCUGCGAGACGCUACAUUACUAUCGCGCAUACCAAAGCGCCUGCUACUCAACUGGCGGUUUUGCGAGGGGCUUCAUGUUUGACAAGGUUGCGCAUGCUCGCGACUAUAUGGAUACUAACGUUGUCAUCUCACGAGCAGGUGGUGGUCUCGCGAAGGACAUUGACUCCGGUGAGAUGAAGUCAAAGAAGGACCAAUCUGAAGACUCAGCUGCGCUAGGCUUGAGGAACUGCAUGCUUCACUACAACCCAGUCGUCAUCAUCACAGGAGUCGACAACCCCAACAUCCCAUCAAAGCCACCGCAUCAGUACUGUGUUUUGGAUCAUUUCAAGCCCACCCAUAUCUGGGCUGAGAAGAGUGGUAACAGCAAGAUUGUGCGAUACCGCUUUGAGAAGCUGAACACAAAGAAAGAGUCCUGGUGGAAGGAGAAGGAUUCACAGGAAGUUGCAGAGCUUGGCUCGCUGCAACCUCCAGUUGAGAAGAUAUGCGGAAGCUGCAACGUGAAGUCUCAACAGAUAUACCUGAACGGGUGGAUGUGUCUACAACCCACUUGCGCCGCCUUUUGGAAGAUUCUCAUGCCCACACCAGGACCCGGAAGGAGUGUGUCAGCUCAAGAGCCCAAGGAAGCAUCUUUGGUCUACGACCCACGCUUCCUCAAGCAGAAGACUCCUUGGCACAAUGACGACCACAAUUACCCUCUAGUCUCCAACGCUGCUGAGCUUUCCGGUCACUCGAUUCCAGGAGAGAAUACCUCAGUCGCAUUCUGGUCUGCAUGCCAAUAUACGAGGACGCCUCCGCAUACGCUCAUCUCCGCGUUAUCUCUUCGCGACCCAUUAUGGCCGGUCACGAGCAGCUACACACUGUCCAGAGAUACAAUGGCACCUCUGUUUGGACUGAAAGUAUCCUUUGAACAUGGGUAUCGCAUUAAUCGUUACGAAAUACCUGGCGUCAAUGGCUUCAUCACACACAUGAUCGCCAACAAGACGGUGCUUGAGGAAGAAGGUGGACCAGAUGCCAUGUUUGAAGAGCUUCAACAGACGAACAUUGGACUGCAGCGACGCUCCAUGCCGAACGGUCAGCUCAAAGGACCAAACUACUGCCGCCACUUUGCAGUCAACUAUGGUAUGCCGUACAAGUUCAUUGCAGCGACAGCAUCUCGCUCUUUCGAUGGAGCCGCUCGUCCCAUAACCAGCACGCGCAGUCGCUUGAACUGGGCGGCCAAGUUGCUCUUGACGCAGGAGACGGGUAGAAGCAUUGGGGAAGUCAAUCAAGAAUGGCAAGAGAAGGAGUUCAAUGAAGUUCUUGCACUAGGAUACUUUGAGGAACAGAAGAUCAACUACCACGAUGACGGCGAAUUUGGCCUUGGUCCAACUAUCGCAACGUUAAGUUUGGGCGCACCAGGUACAAUGCGGCUCCGCAUGAAAGCCCGUCACUACCAUGGCGUGUCUUCUGUCGCUGGUCUUUACGAUGACGCUGCUCCAAUACCCGGAUGCGAACAUUACGAAGCUCGUCUCGCAGUUCAACCUUCUCUCGAUGCGCUCAAGACAUCCGACUCCAAGGCGUACAAUGCUAGGAGGAAGCAGAUACCCAAGCAGUUGAAGCUCAACAACCGAGGCAAUGCGAGGGAUGCGCUAACGAUGCAGCUUGGGCACGGCGAUAUUGUUAUCAUGCACGGCGCCGACGUACAGAAGUAUUAUGAGCACGCUGUUGAGCACUCGGGUAAGCUGCGGUUUGCGCUUACAUGUCGGUACAUCAAUCCCAAGUCGCUGAAGGCUGAGGAUCAGCCCCAGUAUGACGUUGGACCGGAUGUGGAGCGGUACGAUGGAUCAGGAUUGAUGUGA